AUCGAAUUGAAUCAAAAUAGUCACGUGAUGCCAAACAGGAAGGUUUAUCGCACGUUGAUUGGACAGAUCGAAUGCGAUAAACUGUACAAUUUGCAUAUAUAAAUGGAACAUAACAAUAGACAAACUAUUCCUAUUAUUUACCGAUUUGAAAGACGAGAUGAGAGCUCUCAUCUUUUUCGGACUUUUGGGAUCAGUCUUUUCUCAAUCGAUUCCAACUGGAUGCGCUUUUACAGAUGGAAGAUGUAGUUAUUUCAUCGAACUUGGUCAUAAAGGUCAAUGUGACAAGAGAGGUACGGGUAAUGGAGACAGUGAACAAGCCCUUGGAAAAUGCAGAAAAUGUGAUUCUAUCGAGAAGGAUCUUGCUGAUACAAAGGUGGUCGUAAUGGAACGCCUAAUUGAGAUGAAGGACCAGGUUAUUGAUGCAAGUCGACAUAGAAACACUACCGAUGGUCGUUUGGAUCAGAUUGAUUCCGCUUUGUCCUCUACAGCUGGGUCAAUCGGCGGAUUGGACAAUGCCAUCAAAGAAGCGAAUUCAAGAAUAGCGAGAACAGAAGAGAGGGUGAACACUGUGGUCGAUGUCAAUAGAGUCCUUACAUCAAGAAUACAGACAGUUGAACAAAGAUUGAGAAUAUCUCAACAAGAAAUUGAAGAGAAGCAAGAAGAAAUUCGUCGAAUUACUCGAGAAAAAGAGAAUUUAGAGAGAGAGGGUGGCGAAAGGGAGAAUGGAUGGAAUUCUGAGAAGAAAUCAUUUGAAGAUACUAUUAAAGCAUUGACAGAAAACUUAGAGAAAACAUCAGACCAGCUAACUAACACAGCGCAAGAUUUACAGCAAUGCUAUCAGACGAUAAACAUUACGAAACCCGUGGAUGAAAUCAUAGAUGGAGACAAUGGCCCGACUAAAACGUAUACGUUCAAUUUCGAUGAUGAUGCCGACGGUAACAUGACAAAGUAUGGUGGAGGACAAGCCAACUUUGUCCGAAGGAAAGGGAAAAGCACCACGGCAAAUUCAGGACCCGAUGCCGACCAUACGAUGGGUAACAAAAAAGGUACGUAUAUGUUCAUCGACACUGAGGCUGAAGCUCUUAAAUAUAGAUCUUCUAGAUUAAGAGCGGCAAUGCUGCAGACUCCUACGAUACCCACGUCCAAAACAGGGUACUGCAUUCAAUUUUGGUAUCACAUGUAUGGUUCCGAGCAGCAGACAUUCAACGUUUACGCAAAGGUUAAGAAUGGAUUGGGGUACCCAAUAUAUAGCAAGAAAGGAGACCAGGGUGAUACAUGGAGACUUGGCGAGGUCACUAUAACUUCGGAGUAUAGUAGAAGACCUUUUGAGAUUGUGUUUGAAGGGCAAGCAAUAUCAUAUCAGUAUAUAUCCGGCAAUUAUAGGUAUAGCCGACAAACAAAUUCGCAGAUAGCGAUUGAUGAUAUUUACAUCACUAAUAGACCAUGUCAAGGAAUUAAAAGAUGUCCCGCUGGCAGUAUUCCUGCUACAGACGGAAGUUCGUCCUGUUUUGUGUUCGUGCCCACUGCAAUGACGUGGCCCGAGAGUGUGUUGCAUUGUAAGAAAUAUGGCGCCAAAUCUCACCUCGUGGAAGUGAACUCUAAAGAGAGACACGAUUUCUUAGUGAAUGUGACAAAAAAUAAUAAAGCAUUAGAGUUUGCCUCGAGAGAAGGUUGGUGGACAAGUGGCAAUGACGAUGACAAAUGGGGCGUAUGGAAGUGGCUCAAUACACCCACUUUGAAUCGAUUCUCUUACACAAACUGGCAUCCUGGACAGCCUAACAACGUUGCUAAUGAGCAACACUGUAUGUUGAUGGAAUAUCCAGCUAACAAUUGGGCUUGGGGAGACGUCGAGUGCUUUUCAAAACAUCCAUUUAUAUGCGAAAUUUCUGUGUAG